CAUAAAACCCCAAUCAUUUUGGUAGUUCAGUGUACCAGGCAACCACGACCCAUUGUGGGGCAUAAUUUUGGUUAACCUCAAUCCUUUUCAAAGAGCCUGGGGGACUUUUGGAUUCUUGAGCUGCAAGCAUUUUUACAUAUAUUCUAACAUUGUUGUUUCACGAGUUUCCUCAGCGAUUAUAGAAGAAAAAAAUUAGGAGUCGUGUAAAGGAUAGUCCAUCGCCAUGGCAUCGGCGAACUUUCAUCUCUUUAACAAGCUCCCCAGAGAAUGCCAACUCAUUAUAUGGACAUUCUACCGGGACGGUAGAAGUGGCAUGCGACAUUGCUUUUCUGUGGAUGGUGACAGCCUACUGUACGCAGCACUGGAAAAAGAAGACUUCUCUUUAGUUGACAACACAACCACUGGUUUUGGUGAUCUCGACCUAUGGAGCCGAGCACGACCAUCCAUGCCUAUGGAGCAAGUCAAACUUGGCAGGGAUGUAUCGAUACUCGCACACAUGGCAUGCGCUGCUAUCAUCUUUAAGAGCACCCCAGACUCUUGGUUAACGCUGCCUGGGGAGUUGCGAAACCGUCCAGUAAGCAGACACAAGUCGUCAGAGGUCUGGCUCAACUUCGCGGAGGAUACUUUCUACUUUGACCGGGCCUCUGAUCAGACUCCCGUGUUUCGUUGGCAACCUUCUUGGUUUCGACCUCUUUAUCCUGGGAAAUCUGAGAUUGUCCCGAGACCCCUCAGUGACCAACAUUGGAUAUUCAGAGUCCAGAAACUGGCCCUCCGGAUUACUUCGUCGUUACGUGGAUGGAUCAGGCCUUGGGAUCCAGUUUGUCCCCCAUGGGACGUGCAAAUACUUCAACGAAUGAAGGAUCUGCGAUCGCUACAGCUGGUCGUACAUGUGGCUGACAGCGAAGCGGCAGCACAGUGGCAGUCGUCUCUGGACUACCGUAAAGGGUUUAUUACAGAGUCUCGCUUCGACUCGUCAAGUUGCUUAGAUGGUCUAGGGAACGCGGCCCGUCUGGUUGCUUCGGGUCUUGACCAAGCGCGGCUUGUUAAGAACGAAAUUCGGAAGAUGGGAGUAACAGCCAAAAUUGAUGUCAUGGUGGAUCUAUGCUAGUCCCCGGCACCUUAUAGCAGGUGAUUGAUUGGGCGCAGUGGAGGUUGAGAGCUUUCUAAGGAAUUGGUCCAAAUAACUUUCAUGUGAAGGCAAAUAACAAAUUAUCAGUAUUAUAUGAGAACAUUGUAAAUUGCUCCUUUAAAG